UUACAAGACUGCCAUCGGCUCUCUAGACGGGAGAGACGACAGCCAAACAUUCCACGUAAUAAAACAAACGUACGAACAUCUCGAUUCCUUUUCCCUUCCAUCUCUUCUGUUCUGCUGCACAAAAUCCAUCCAUUUCAUACAUACGGCUAUUUUGCUCCAUCCCAAAAUAAAAACAGUAAUUAUAUUGGAAAAUUUUUUAAGAGAGAGAGAGAGGCCAUCGCAGAGAUCGAGAGAGGAAAAGGUGGGCCUCUCGCCCUCUUAUUAAUGUUUCCUCUCGAAUCUUAGAUUUCAAUAUCACUUUCCUCACCUGGGUUUCUUUAAUCUGGAUUCCAGGAUCGUGGGUCGAUCGGUCGCCUGAUCGAUUCGCGGAAUCCCAUCACGAUCCAGGUCUUCUUAUUCAUAGAUACAGCCGCCGAAGCUCCCGAAUUUUUUUCUUACAAGAAUGGAAAUGGAUUCAUGUAAGCUAUUCAUCGGUGGGAUAUCUUGGGAGACAAAUGAAGAUCGUCUCCGUGAGUAUUUUCAGAAUUUUGGUGAGGUUUUAGAAGCGGUGAUCAUGAAGGAUCGAGCCACUGGUCGUGCCCGUGGAUUCGGCUUCGUUGUUUUCGCAGACCCAAAUAUUGCUGAGAGAGUUGUCUUGCAGAAGCACAUGAUUAAUGGUAAAACUGUUGAGGCGAAGAAGGCAGUUCCAAGAGAUGAACACACAAUCUUGAACAAAAGCAACAGCAGCGUACAAGGAUCGCCAGGCCCAGCAAACACCAAAAAGAUAUUCGUAGGAGGCUUAGCCUCAUCCGUGACAGAGGCAGACUUCAAGAAAUACUUUGCUCAGUUCGGGACAAUCACGGAUGUCGUAGUGAUGUAUGACCACAGAACUCAGCGUCCAAGAGGCUUUGGGUUCAUCACAUAUGAUUCGGAGGAUGCUGUGGAUAAAGUGCUGCAGAGGGCAUUCCAUGAGCUUAAUGGUAAGAUGGUCGAGGUCAAACUGGCUGUUCCUAAGGAAAUGUCACCUAGCCCUAACAGGAACCAAAUGAAUGUAAAUAACUUGGGCAGCAGUAGAAUCAGUAUGCUGCUCAAUGAGUAUGCUCAAGGAUUUAAUCCAAUCAUUGGAUAUGGGGUAAAACCUGAAGGUCGAUACAGUCCAGCACCAGUUAAUAGGGCUGGGUUCUCUCCUUUUGGCCACGGGUACGGGAUCGAGUUGAAUUUUGAGGCAAACCCUAAUCAAAAUUAUGCUCCUGUUUCCAAUGGAGGCUUUGGACGGCCAUAUAACCCUGCAUACUCAGCAAGUAUUGGCAGGUAUGGAAGUCCUGGUGAGUGUGCUGGAGGGAACGGUGAGGUCCUAAACCCAGCAAAGAGAAAUCAUAUCUGGGGUCUCGGUUACGGUUUAAAUGGGAACUCGGGAAAGCCGUUGGUGGGCAGCAUUGGUGAGAACUGGGGAACAACAGCUCGUUCGGGCAGCAGAAACCUGGAAUAUAAUAGCAAUGGAUAUGGUGGAAACAAUGGUGUAGGAUUAGAAACCAGCUCCAGCAAUGGGGUUCCCCUUGGGGAUUACAGCUCUAUGGUUGAAGAAGGUGGUGUGAGUGCGUUUGAGCUUGGGUUUGGGUUUGGGUUUGGGAUGGGACCAUCGGGGGUUAUGCGGAGAGGACAGGGUCUUGCAUCGGCUGGUGCCGUUUGACCAGCAACAGCAAUGCUACCAAACGCAGGGGCUGCAGUGAAUUUGGUGGUCGCAGAGAAGAUUUUAGAGAGGAAAUUCGUUUGUUAUGAGCUUUUUUGAGUUUUAAAACUUUCAUUGUUUCUUCUAUAAGAAAACGAAAACAGAAAAAAAAAAAAAAUUGGGAUUUUGAUUUAUUGAAAAGUUGGAAAUGUAAAGCAACGGUAUAAAAGAGAUACGGAAGCAGACAAUGAAGAUAUUAUUAUUUUUUUUAUU